AUGGGCCCUUUGAUCGGAGCCUGGAUCACUGAACGACUCUCAUGGGCCUGGUCAUUUUGGAUCGUCUUCGCCUUUUCCUGCCUCGGGUUACAAUUGCUCUUUCUUUGUGGCAUCGAAACCAACACAGCAUAUCUACAGAACUCCAGUCGGUCCUCUAUUCGCGGUUUUGUCAGGAUGUGCGCAAGGGUUUUAGGCAUCUUGAGGGAUCCUAUUGUCAUUAUGCUGACCGUUGAGCGCUCGGUCUACUUUGGGGUCUUCUAUUUCAUGCUUUCAACCUUCGCGGGACUACUGCGGGAACGUUAUCACCUGACGAACUCUGUAUCUGGCGUUUGCUACCGAGCCAUCGGUGGAGGGCUUUGGGCGAGCAGAGUCGCGUUUCGGAUAUGCUCCAGAUGGUUGAAUCGAGAUCGAAAUCUCAAGAGCUUGGCGAGCAACGACUACCACGCAGCACCGGAGUACGUACUAACUAUGGCCAUCGUCGGCUCAUUGACGCUUUCAGCUGGUCUCAUCGUAUACGGCUGGACUGCGGAGAAGCACAAGACCAUCGCCGGGCCCAUUAUAGGGCAGAUUCUGUUUUCUUUCGGUUACGGCAUGACCCCGGACAUUGCAGCAAGGUACCUCGUCGACACAUAUGGACCACGUGCUUUACAAAUAAUUUCGGGCACUAGCGUCCUGUUGGGCAUGUGCGGAUUCGGGUUUCCCUUGUUCGCUCGUUCAUCCAUCCGGAAGUAUGGCUACGGAUUCUCGAGUACGAUCUUGGCUGCGGUGACUUUCACCACGGGCGGGACAGUCUAUAUCAUCCUGUGGCUGUUUGCACGCAAGUUCAGAACGCGAAGUAAAUAUGCACCUGAUCCUCGGAAAGAUCUCGGUCCCAAAUUACCGGCAUGGUCCACGGCUCGGUGGAGGACGGAUCCGGGUCCAGAAGAAGGCGGUGCUGAGGAGGAUUGA